AAUCGCCAAGCAUUCGCAACUGUUUUACCUUUGCUCGUAAUUCAUUUCAUCGCAAAUUUGUUUCCGUAGUAAUCAUCAAAUCUUUCGAAGAUGUCAGGCAGAGGCAAGGGAGGCAAGGGGCUCGGCAAAGGAGGUGCCAAGAGGCAUAGGAAGGUUUUAAGAGACAACAUCCAGGGCAUUACUAAGCCUGCCAUUCGCCGUUUGGCUCGUCGAGGAGGUGUCAAGAGGAUCAGUGGCUUGAUCUAUGAAGAAACCAGGGGAGUAUUGAAGAUUUUCUUGGAGAAUGUGAUUCGUGAUGCUGUGACUUAUACCGAGCACGCCAGGAGGAAGACCGUUACCGCUAUGGAUGUUGUUUAUGCCUUGAAAAGGCAGGGCAGGACUCUCUAUGGUUUUGGAGGUUAAGUUUAGGAUCAUUAAUGCCUUUAGAUCUUGACUCUAGAUCUAUAUCGUUAUGUACUUGUUUGUGUACUCUGAGUGAUGUUAUAAUGAUUUGUAACCUUAAGAUUGAUCGUAUAAUUUUCAUUUGCAAAGCUUUCUUUGGGCA